CAGUGUCCAUGUUGUUGUCCCUCCCCUGAGUGGGAAUGGCGCGUGCGGCUGUUAGUUGGUUUCUCCGCCGCGCUUUAUGCGGGAGCCGGCGGCCAUGUUCCAGCCUGGCGCCUGGACGGCAACAAGCGGGCUGGGCCUACGCUGCGGUGGAGCCCGAGAGGCCGGAGGAGAUGGUAUUCGUGGAAUACGCUGCCAAACUCGAGGAGGAGAAGGAGGCAGGGCUGGCACUGGGCGGCGAGACGGCGCAGAGAAAGGACGCCGCCGGCCCUAAGGCCUCGGCCUCGUAUGGGGCUCUGCGCCGCCAGCUCCUGGCCUUGGAGGCGCUCUCCCCGGCCCCGGGAGCCGAGCUGCAGGUGACGGACCUGGGCUUCCCGGCGCCCGAGCUGCCGUCCAGGAAGAAAAGGCGGGCGGCCCCGCGCCAGGAGCACCGGGUAUAUGGCACGGCCGACCCCCUGGAGCCGGCCAGCGCCGCCCCGUGCUCGGGCUGUGGUGCCCUCCUGCACUGUGUGGACCCGUCUCUCGCCGGCUACCUACCGAGCGAGAAGUACAAACAGCUGCUCCAGGCCGGAACCUUGCAGCGCUCCGUGUGUCAGCGCUGUUUCCUGCUCGUUCACCACCAAAAGGCGCUGGAGGUCCGGGUACCUGAGGGCGAGUACCGGCGCCUGUUAGGCCGCAUUGCCCAGGAGCAGGCCCUGGUACUCUACAUGCUGGACCUGCUGGACCUGAGCGGCAGCCUCAUCCCCGACCUGCGGCAGCUGGUAGGUGAGCGUAACCCCGUCCUGGUGGUGGCCAACAAGACCGACUUGAUCCCGGCCGACUGCCGCCACUACCUGAAGCGGCUCCGGCAUCGGGUGCUGCAGCAAUGCGGCCAGGCCGGCAUCUGCCCCGAAUACCGGGGCCGGGAAGUCGUGCACCUCAUCAGCGCCAAGACCGGCUACGGCAUCGAAGAGCUGAUCUCCCGGCUUCAGAGCUCCUGGCGGUACAAAGGGGACGUGUACCUGGUCGGCAACACCAACGUGGGCAAGUCCACCCUCUUCAACACCCUCCUGCAGUCCGAUUACUGUAAAUCCAAAGCCCCCGAUGUCAUCCAGAGAGCAACGAUUUCCCGCUGGCCCGGAACUACAUUAAACCUCCUUAAGUUUCCGGUUAUAAACCCUACACCAUACAGAAUGUUUCGAAGAUUAGAAAGACUGAAAGCUGAUAAGUCACAAACUGAAGAUGACCUCAAUGAAGAAGAGUUAAAGCAUCUUCAUCGACUUAAAAAACAAGGCUACUUGAUUGGUAGAGUUGGCAGAACAUUUCGUAACUCUCAUGGGAGCGGACAGCGAAACAAAGGGAUAAUUGAAUGGGACCCAGAUGAACUCUCCCUGAGUGCAGAACCUGAAGAUAGUAAUCAAGAAAAUGUCUUAAACUCCCAAGACGUGGUGGAAUUCACAUACAAUGAACUGAAAGAUGCCCACUGGUUUUAUGACACACCCGGCAUCUUAAAGCAAGACUGUAUUUUAAAUCUACUUACAGACCAAGAGCUGAAGAUUGUGAUGCCAUCAUCAGGAAUCAUCCCUCGGACAUAUGUGCUACAGCCUGGAAUGGUGCUAUUUUUGGGUGCCCUAGGUCGCAUAGACUUUCUGAAGGGAGAAAAGUCGGCCUGGUUUUCUGUUGUUGCUUCCAACCAGGUUCCAGUCCACAUUACAAGCCUUGAUAAAGCAGAUUCAAUCUACCAGAAGCAUGCUGGAAAAGCACUACUUGGGGUUCCUAUUGGUGGAGAGGAGCGGAUGAAAGAUUUCCCUCCCCUGGAAUCUCAGGACAUUGAGCUGGAUGGAAUUGGUACCCUUGAGGCUGUAGCUGACAUAAAGCUCUCUUCAGCAGGCUGGAUUGCAGUGACAGCUCAUCCAGAGGAUAAAAUUAAGCUUCGGGCCUACACUCCUGCAGGAAUUGGCUUAAUGAUUGAAAAACCACCUCUUCUACCAUUCAUUGUCAGUGUUAAGGGGGAACGAAUAAGAAAAACCCCAGCCUAUAAAUGUAAAAAGCCACUACCCGUUGUGCAAAACCUGUGACCAGUAUCUGCAUCCAAAUCAUAGCCUGCUCAAAGAAAGGAAGGAUGUGAGGCAUUUAUAAAAGUGACCACCCAGGGUUUGUAAUUAAAUUACAUCAAGGACUGAGUUCUCUGAUAACUCCCGUUAUGUAAGUUACUUUGUCUUGCUGUGAUUUUGCAAGGAAGCUGGCUGCUUAAUAAUCAGAAGUCAAAUAGUCAUUUGGUGGUACAGAACUUGAGCAUUGCUACAAAGAGAUUUUUUGUAUUGCACCCAUCGGGACAGUCUGCAAAAAUACCAAAUGUAAAGGGAACAAUAAUUUAUAUUGUAUGUGAAGAGUGCUGAUUGGUUGGCAAGUGGGUCCUCAUUGGUAGAGGCGUCGCCAUGAAGAAUGCACCAGUGAUUGUGACUGACAGUUAACUGCCAAGUAUUGUCUGAAAUUUAAACCAGACAGUUUGACCCUGAUUGGUUUAAGCAUUGCCUGAGGGAUGAGUCAGUGAAUGGCUGUCACUUGUUUAUCUGAAACAAGUGCAAUCUGUAUAUAUGUUCUUUCUGGCUGCAAAGAAUAGAACUCUGCAUAUUAAUAUAUGUAGCUUCCAAUACAUGCAAAUACGCCACACUGCGUGCCUGACUGACAAUCUUUAAAUUAGUUGUCAGUGUAAUUCUCAGCACACUACACUGAGGAUUAUUUAGCAAAUGUUGUCCAAUUGCGGAAUGGCAUCUAAUGUUGGACACUUUUGACUUUUGCAAGCACAGGCUGGUUGGGUACGAUCUUUACCUUGCCUGUUGCGAAUAGGGGAAGGGACAUGCUGUUUGUUACGAUCCACCAAUUUUUGGGACGUAUAGCCUACAUACCUAGCAUCACAGUGGCAUUGAAAUUCAUAUAGGAAUUUAGAAAUUCUCAAAUUCAGAAAGAACAUGUAUACACAUUGUGCCUGUUUCAGCUAAGCAAAAUAAGUGACAGCCAUUUGCUGGUUCAUUCCUCAGGACAAUGUCUUGACCAAUCGGAGACAAGCUGCCUGGUUUAAAUU